AUGCACCCUAGUGAGGUUGCAAGCGUUUUCCUCCCAUACCUGCCGCCUGCAGCCACAGCCUCUAUCUGUUUCGGAAUCGUGCCCCAUUACCACACACCAGCAGAUGAUGAUCUUCAUCGCCUGUUGUUCCCGUGCAACGACGACAGCGACCUGCUAACGCUGCCGUACACCGUCGCGAGCUUCGAGUACGCCGGCGGCCAGCCAUUGCUUGAGCAUCAUCAUCAUCAUCAUCAUCAUCAUCAUCAUGCCGUCAACGACAAGGAUGAAGGAGGUGACGACCGCCGGCUGCUCCAGCACCGGCGGCAGCUGCUCGCGGAGGAGAGACGGCGGCGGAGGACGGUCUCCAACCGGGAGUCGGCGCGGCGGUCGCGCGUGCGGAAGCGGAAGCAGCUCACCCAGCUCUGGGAGCAGGUCGUCUUCCUCCGAGGCGACAACCGUGACCUGCUCGACCGCCUCAACCGCGCCAUCAGGGACGCUGACCACGUGCUGCGCGACAACGCGCGGCUCAGUGACGAGCGGGCCGAGCUGCAGAGGAGGCUCCACGAGCUCGCCGGCGCCCGGCGGUGA